AUGGCGUCGGUAGUGAAUGUGUACGCGACGUCGGCGACGACGGAAAAUCUGUCACGACAUGAGAUGCUGAUGUGGGUGAACGACUGCCUACAAAGUAACUUUACGAAGAUUGAACAGUUACACACAGGAGCAGGAUAUUGUUUUCAGUUCACGGAUUUCCUUUUCCCUGGGUCGAUUCCGCUGAAAAAAGUAAAAUGGAACUCGAUCCUUGAACUGGAUUGGCUAGGAAAUUGGAAGAUUGUCCAGACCUCGUGGAAGAGCCUCGGCGUUGAGAAGGUUGUUCCGGUGGACAAGCUUAUAAAAGGGAAAUUUCAGGACAAUUUCGAAUUUCUACAAUGGUUCAAAAAAUUCUUUGAUGCGAACUACGACGGUCACGAAUAUAAUCCAAUAGAAGCGCGUGGUGGGGAACCUCUCCCUGCAGACCCUCCAGGAGGGAAAACUCCGGCUCAUGGAGGUACUCGAAUGCAGAUGCCGACCCGUACGGGUGUUUCAACUCCUGCUCCAGCAGCGAGUCGUCCCGCCACCACGGCGCCUUCGCUAGAUGCGAUGCAGUUGAAACAACUCAAAGAGGAAUUAACCCGUCAAUUAGGCGAAAGCGAUGCUGUGUUAAAUAGCUUGGAAAAGGAACGCGACUUCUACUUCAACAAGCUGCGACAAAUUGAGGUUGUCUGUCAAGAUAAUGAAUCGAUUGGUACCGUAGAAGUGUCUCGAAUUCUAGAAAUUCUCUAUGAAACAGAGGAAGGUUUCGCUGCACCCGAUGAAGAUGAAGAGCAGCAGUAA